AUGUCGGAAACACUCCCAUCAACAAUAACGUUAAACGUGGGAGGCCAAUUAUUUACAACGAGUAGAUUUACACUCUCUCAACAAGUAGGAAAAAACGAGUUGGAACAUGUUUUAGCCUCUAUAGUAAAUGGAAAGCAUGCCAUAGAGAAAGAUCGUGAUGGCAAUAUUUUCAUUGAUCGGGAUGGAACUUAUUUUCAUUAUAUAUUAAAUUACUUGAGAAACGGAGGAAAUCUUUCACAAACAAUAUUGCCAUCAGUGAGGUAUCAACCACUUAUUGCAAGGAGUCUACAAUUAGAAGCAGGUUAUUACGGACUUACUGAAUUAGUGGAUUACUUUACUGUACAACGAUGGUUAUUGAAAAGGAGGUUUCAAUUAGCAAAUUGCCAUCCCAAUGUCGUAGUAUUAGAUGGAGGAAAGACGUUAAUUUGUAAAGAAUCAAGUGGGAAAAAUUGGUAUUCUGUAUCAUCCAAAUAUCCUAUAAUUAAUAUGGAUUAUUCAACUCAUGUUUCAAGCCAUGAAACAGGUCUUGAUACAUAUGACGAAGAAGCCAAAGAAUUUGAUGGCGAUGAAGGGUUUGCCGACGUUGAGGAAGUCAAUGGAUUUCCAUCCAGCAACAAUUACUACCUUAAUAUGGCUGGUGUGACAUCGGUCGACGGAAAUGUUACUGAUGUAUCAAACUAUCAAAAUCAUGCAUCAUCACAAUCACGACAGAAUCCUCAAGUUGAUGAGAUACAGAUCACAGCAUCCAAACUGUCAAUUUAUUUUGGAAACAUGAAACUGUUGAAAUUUCACGUCAAAAAUUACUACGAAAUUGUUAUUGAGAAUACUAAGAAUUUUAACAUUGUACUCGGAAUUUCCAAGCAAAAGACAUCGUAUUUCCAUGACUCUUGGACAGUUGGAUUUAUUGCGAAUUCAUACGGAUUCAAUGUUUGGUCAAUGAAAAAGUAUACAAAAAAGACUCAAAUCGAGUAUGGAGAACGAUGUGAACGUGGUGAUCGAGUAGGCAUGUACGUUAAUACAGCGUUAGGAUACAUUGAAUAUUUCAGGAAUGGAAGAAGUAUGGGCAUUGCUUUUGACGGCCUUACUAAAGAGCUCUCUGAAGGGAAUUGGUAUGUGGUAGUGAGCUUGUAUAAUCAAGGAGAUUGUGUCACAUUAAACACAAACGCCGUUGCACCUCUCUCUGUACGAGAAGAAGAAUAUCUCAACAGUAACAAUAACAAGAUGGAAGAAUUGAAAUAA